CCCCGCCGCAGCAGCAGUGGAUGACGGCAGCCAUGCAGUAUCCGGCGGCGGCGAUGGUGAUGAUGCAGCAGCAGCAGAUGAUGAUGUACCCUCACCAUUACGUUCCGUACAACCAAGCUCCUUAUCCUCAUCUUCCUCACCAUCCUCACUUCCAAUACGCGCCUUAUCAGCAGCAGCAUCAGCUUCCUCAUCAUCAUCAUCACCACCAUCAGCAGCAGCAGCAGAAGCAUCUGCAGCGUGGAUCUGGCGAUGAUGUGAAGACUCUCUGGGUCGGAGAUCUUCUUCAUUGGAUGGACGAUACUUAUCUCCAUAGCUGUUUCUCUCAUACCGGCGAGGUCUCCUCUGUUAAAGUUAUUCGUAAUAAACAAACUUGCCAGUCAGAAGGAUAUGGGUUUGUGGAGUUUUCUUCACGUGCAGCGGCUGAGGAAGUUCUUCAGAACUACAAUGGUUCUCCGAUGCCAAAUGCCGACCAGCCCUUCCGUCUAAACUGGGCUUCUUUUAGUACGGGCGAAAAAAGGGUAUCAGAAAAUGGUUCUGAUCUCUCUAUAUUUGUGGGUGAUUUAGCUCCAGAUGUCACUGACACUUUGUUGCUAGAGACCUUUGCUAGUGGAUAUCCUUCUGUUAAAGGAGCAAAAGUUGUGAUUGAUUCCACCACUGGUCGGUCCAAAGGUUAUGGUUUUGUUAGGUUUGGUGACGAGAGUGAGAGAUCGAGGGCUAUGACAGAAAUGAAUGGUGUUUUGUGUUCGAGUAGGCAAAUGCGCAUAGGUAUUGCUACCCCCAAGAGGGCUGCUUCUCACCAGCAACAAUAUUCAUCACAAGCUGUGAUACUGGCUGGUGGGCACGGAGCAAAUGGUUCUAUUCCCCAUGGCUCUCAAUUUGAUGGAGAGACAAUUAACUCAACAAUAUUCGUUGGAGGGCUUGAUGCUGAAGUUACCGAUGAAGAUCUCAGGCAACCAUUUUCACAGUUUGGUGAGGUUGUUUCAGUGAAGAUCCCAUUAGGAAAAGGAUGUGGGUUUAUCCAGCUUUCUAAUAGAAAGAAUGCUGAAGAAGCCAUCCAAAAGUUGAACGGUACAGUAAUCGGCAAGAACACUGUCCGACUCUCUUGGGGACGAAACCCAGGAAACAAGCAGUGGAGAUCCGACACAAGCCACCAGUGGAACGGGGGAUACGCUCGUGGACAGGGUUUCAACAAUGGCAACGGAUAUACUAACCAGGAUUAUGCUUCUCCUGCCACAAUUCCCGGGGCUUCUUAAAGGCGAGUUUCGAAUGGAAUCGAGUCAUUCGGUGUGGUAAGGGUUUAGGGUUUAGCUUUUAUUCAAAGAAGGCUGAACCUGUGGUCCAAGGACAAUUUUGUAGCUGGAUUUUUAAAAUGUUUGGUUUGUGCUUAGAAGAUGAGAAAAAAGAACAAGUGAAAGGUUUUGAAGGGUCUGUCUGAGAGAUGGUUAAUCUCAUCUUUUACAUGGGUGAGGAUGACAACGUUAUUUAUCUUUGAAGGUUUGGUUUGUUUGCU